AUGUCUGCCCCUAAUUUGCAGUCGACAGCGCUAUUAACGGAGCAUUUAGAAUACCCUCCCAUAUCUCUGUUAGAUGAUAUAAUUAAUAAUGUCAAUGAUAUUAUGUAUAAAUGUACUGCUGCAAUGGAGAAAUAUUUAUUAAGGAAAAGUAAUAUUGAAGGCGUGGAUUACACAGAAGAAAUACGAGUAGGAAUUGCCAAAUUGGAGACUUUAUUAGAGCAUACUGUUGACAAAAAUUUUGAUAAACUGGAAUUAUAUGUAUUAAGAAACAUAUUGAUGAUUCCUCCUGAAUUAUUGGAAUCUCAUGUAUUUUUAUUGAAACAUCAAAGUGGGUUAGAUGUUGAAUGGUUAAUUCGUGAUGGAAUCGAUCCUGAUGACUCAGAGUUACUGAAAGAAAAAAUGACAGAAUUUGAAGAAAAACUAUUGAGAAAUCAAUUGUUACGAAAUCAAAUUAAGCAAGUGAAACAAUUACAAAUAGAUGUUAAAAAUUUUAGAUUAUUUAUUGAAAAAUCAUUAAAUGAAAUAAUUGAUAACGGGAUCAUUGAUAACAAUGUCCCUUUUAAAGAUAUGUUUCGAUCUUUACGACCUAUUGAUGAGUCCAUGAGAUUUUUAGUGUCUCAAUUAAAACAAUUAUAUACUGAUAGUGAGGAUAAUUGUUCAACGCAAAUGGUUCAAUCAUUACUCGAUAAUACCACUAUAAAUUCAAAUACGGCUAGGGACAGCAACCAUAAUAAAAUACUGUCACGGACGCAAUAUAUCGAUACUGUCGCCAAUAGCGUUCUAGAAUCACGGUCAACUAUCCCUAAAAAGGCUUACCGUCGUACUUUUACUAAUGAUAACAUUCAAAUUAAAGAUCCAGAUCUAAGUUUAUUUAACGAAUUAUAA